UUCUUCCAACUGACCAUGCUGUCUGGAGGAGUCCAUGGACAAGAAAGACAACCUGAGGUAAAUACUGCUACAUGCUGCCCAAAUUAGGCAUGGCUUCCGAAAGGGUUUCAGUAUGGAGAGACAGAAAGUACACUUCUAUGUUCAUUCUUAUAAUAAACAUGUACUGAAAAUAUCUACUAUGUGCUAGGCUUUAGGGAUACAAAGAUCUAGAAGGCACAGUACCCACUCCUAGUCUCACAGCAGCACAGUGAGCAGCCAUUAUCAGUGAGAGUAGUGCAGACCAUGAUACCAAGAAGGGGCAGAGUCACCUUAUCGUAGACUCGGGGGCCUACAGAAGCAUGGAGAAAAGAAAUCCAGGUGACCAAACUUUUGAUUGAAAGACAAAAACAAAUCAAGGUAGGACACCUAUCAAUGACUCCAGCAUCCAAAAGGCUGAAGUGAGACAGGAAGACUAUAGCAGUGGUUCUUAACUUGUGGAUCGCUACCCCUUAAGGAGUCACAUAUCCUGCAUAUCAGAUAUUUACAUUAUAAUUAAUAAUGGCAAGAUUAUACUUAAUGAAGUAGCAAUGAAAAUAAUUUUAUGGUUGGGUGUCACUACAACAUGAAAAAUUGUAUUAAAGAGUUGCAGCACUGGGAAGGUUGAGAACCACUGUCUUAGAGUCCUAGAGGUCUCCCAGUCACCUCUUUCCAUUUCUGAAAUUGAAAGAAUUGGAUCAGCUAUACCCUCAGGGCUGUGUGGGUCAGGCCUCACUGCUUCAUGGCCUCCCUUUUCCUGCCUUUCCUCCCUGCCUUCUCCACAACUCUACUAAAUAAAUGCUUGGAAAACAUUGGGUGUUAGACCCAGGAGUGUCAAACCCUUGGAUGUCAUACACCUAGAGUAGCGAUCACAUCCUCAUUUGCUGUUGGAAGAUGGGGCCAGAAGGUGGUGAGCUGCAACCAGGUAGUGUUCACAUUGGAGAUGUUCCUGAAGACCCUCCCUGUUCACUGAAACAAAACCGAGGCCUUGUCCUCAGCAUAUCUUCCCAUUCAAAGGCUAAACAAAGCACAAGUAGGUGCUUCUGUCACUCCUGAGGUUGUAGCAAUCUCAUAAAGGGCAGUCAGGUCCCCACUGAUGGAGGAAACCAAGCCCUAGAGAAGAGGACCUAUUGUCUGUAUGGAAUGUGUACUGGCACCUGGUUUGUCCUGAUCUGGCAACCACAACCCAGAUCUGAUGAGACUUGGGGGUAGGGCUUAGCAGAAGCCACAGUCUUCCACCACCCUCUGACUUCCUCCUGCCUUUGAGGACACAUUCCUCUGGCUCAUGACAGUGCUCAUCACUCAUUGGAAGCCUGUGUGCAGUCAGAGCCUACUUCUUGGUCUGUAAACAUGGGGCGUGUGUCCUGCUGGCUACAAGCUCACGAGGGGGUGGCAAGCAAGCCGGCUGUACAGGUCCUGCAGCCUCUGGCCUCCUGGUUGCCCAACUGGCGGCUGGGGGCGGGCUAUGCCCUCUGAUUAAAGGCUGCCUGGAGUGGCCUAUGCAGAGACAGGUGCCCAGCAUCCCAGGAAGCCAGCUGAAGCCCACCCCAGGUAAGCCAGUGUGGUGGGGAUAGGUGGAUAAAGCCACGAGCCUAGAGGUAGGUAGAAGCCAGCUUGAGGCAGCACUUGUUUUUCAGAGAAAAGGUUGGGGAGACCAGGGUUCCCAUGUCAGAUUCCUCUGGUGCCUGAAAUCUAAAGGCAGAAAGCAAGACAUAAUGCCUGAAGCUCCCAGCCAAGCUUUAGGCCUCAGUGUUCCUGUGAGAACAUCAGCAUGUCUGAGCCACCACGGGCUGAGACCUUUGUAUUCCUGGACCUGGAAGCCACUGGGCUCCCAAACAUGGAUCCUGAGAUUGCAGAGAUAUCCCUUUUUGCUGUUCACCGCUCUUCCCUGGAGAACCCAGAACGGGAUGAUUCUGGUUCCUUGGUGCUGCCCCGUGUACUGGACAAGCUCACAUUGUGCAUGUGCCCAGAGCGCCCCUUUACUGCCAAGGCCAGUGAGAUUACUGGUUUGAGCAGUGAAAGCCUGAUGCACUGUCGGAAGGCUGGUUUCAAUGGAGCAGUGGUGAGGACACUGCAGGGCUUCCUGAGCCGCCAGGAGGGCCCCAUCUGCCUUGUGGCCCACAAUGGCUUCGAUUAUGACUUCCCACUGUUGUGCACGGAGCUACAACGUCUGGGUGCCCAUCUGCCCCAAGACACUGUCUGCCUGGACACACUGCCUGCAUUGCGGGGCCUGGACCGUGGUCACAGCCAUGGUACCAGGGCUCAAGGCCGCAAAAGCUACAGCCUGGCCAGUCUCUUCCACCGCUACUUCCAGGCUGAACCCAGUGCUGCCCAUUCAGCAGAGGGUGAUGUGAACACCUUGCUUCUGAUCUUCCUACACCGUGCUCCUGAGCUGCUCGCCUGGGCAGAUGAGGAGGCCCGCAGCUGGGCUCAUAUUCAGCCCAUGUAUGUGCCACCAGAUGGUCCAAGCCUUGAGGUCUGAAUGCCUGAGCCAUCCAUUCAUCCAGGCUCUGAACUACAUCUUUGCCCUCUGUAGCACCUUUGUGGCCUUCCUCAGCCCUGGCCUACUUGGUCACAGGAUCCUAGAGCCUACUCUGUGUUCCACUUCCAGUUGGGCACCCUCUGGCCAGGCUGUGAGUUCCUACAAGUUGCUCCUUCAGGGCUUCCAUCUUUCAUCCCAUUUCUCAAUAAAUAUCACCAACUAUUUACCAGCUGA